AUGGGUGGAAAAGCCCUUAAGGCUAUAAAGAACUCCUCAAAUAAUCCUACAGCUCCAAGUGUGAGGAGUCCUAAUAAAGUUUUAACCAACCACGAAGAAGAGCAACUAGUUGGUUAUUGCUUGAACAUGCAAAGACUUGGUUUCAGAUUGUCAAGGUCUGGUGUGAAUCAUUGUGUGAUGGAAAUUGUUAGUAGAGAUGGGUGCCCACAUCCUUUUAACAAGAAUGGACCAGGCCAAGCAUGGUGGAAAUGGUUUUUAGAAGAUCACCCUGAACUUUCAUUUUGCGUCCUGCAGGCUUUAAAUGAAGCACGUGCCCAAAAAGCAAAUCCUAUUAUAAUCAAUGAUCAUUUCAACAAACUUCAAAAAAUUCUUACUGAAUAUUUACUUACCCCUGAUCGUUUUAUUAUUGAACCUAAACUUCAAAAAGUCAUUGCAAAGAAAGGUGCACGUCAGGUUUAUCGUGUUUCGUACAGCAGCAAUCAUGAACACAUCUCCAUAUGCCCAACUAUUUCAGCUGCCAGAACUUACAUACCUCCAUUAAUAAUAUACAAAGGAAAGCGGAUGAUCCCAGGCCUUUUAGACGGUGCUCCUGCUGGCACUGUUAUGGGGUUUACUGAUAUGGGGUAUAUGCGAGAGAGCCUUUUUAGAAAAUAUAUAGAGCAUUUUGUUAAUUCUAUUCCUCCUAUUUGA